AUUAAAUUUUUGAAUUAAUUAUAGAUAUUUCCUUUUUGACCUGAGGCUUUGUUUCUUGCAGAGGUCAGCAAUCAGAUGCUAGAAUUGUAUGAACAAAAUAGAAUACCACCUUCUCAGGCUAGUGAAGCUGAAGGGAGCGCUGGAGGCAGUCAACGACCUCCAUCAAAAGCUCCUGUGAAAGAAGAGCACGUCACUAGUCACAAUAAUUCUCAUGGUGUGGUGGCUACUUCAAAGGCAGGAACCUCCAAGGCAGCAUUGGCGAGGCCAUUUCCUGAGCCGUCGCAUGCAGAUAAUCAUGGUGGGCUACCAAGAACCACCCACACUCAAGACAAUGACCGUGGAAACAUUGAAAUGAAAAGCAUUCAAGAUCACGAGGGAGAUGAUAAUAUUAAUGUCUCCCAACACCAUCAACGAGAGCGGGAGAUCCUUGAUGAAGAUCGAGGAGAGAGUUUUGGGAGAACUGAUACGAGGGAUACAGUGGAGCUGAAGGAUAAAUACAGUAGCAGAAAUUUGGCCCACAAGGAUGGUACAGUUUCUCAGUCACCUCAAGAUGCUAUAAAAAAGAUAGACAAAGAGAAGGUUAAAGCAGCUCUUGAACGGAGGAAAGCCCGUGGAGACAUGAAUCGAAAAACAGACCCAAUGGACGAGCUCGAGAGAGAACUGGAGGAUGUUGAAUUGCCUGGUGAGAGUGAGAAGAUUAAGCGAGAUAGAAAACAGAGCUGGUCCAAACCAUCAGAUAAAUCAGAGCACGAGAAAUAUCGUCGUGCAUCUGGAGAUGGGCAUGCAGAUGAUUUUCACUCUGUAGAAGAAGGGGAAGUCGAACCAUUCGAUGAUGUCGACAGGGGAUAUCAGUCAGUCACCGAGGUCAGCCGCUCGUAAGAGGAAGGCCAUUAGCCCCUUGGACAAGAAAAUGGACGGAAAGCUGCGAAAUGAUUACAUGACAGGGUCUUGUACUCUCAACAAUGACUGACCGGGCAAGUUUCUAUAUAUCGAAAGAAAAGGAUAGGACUUCUUUUUCAGUUCAGUCAUUGGUAUUGAUUGCCAUAUCUGGUCUUCUCUUCUCAUUUUAAGUUCAGAAAUAUUUGUUUAGGAUCCAUGUGCUGUAAUGAUCCAAGUUGUUGGACAUAUUUGAAAAUGAUUAAAAGAAAAAAUUACAAAAUAUUAGUUU